AGAGUUACGCCAUUUGAAGAAGGUUAUUGUAUUAUAUGAAUUCAAGUUGGAUAAACGAGGUGUGCGCAGCCAUUGCAGGAAAUCUUUACUCAUUUUUGAACUAACAUUUGUUUCAAAUGCCGUUUAUUUUGCCAAUUUUUUUUAAGCUUUCAACCAUAGCGAUAGCAAACGCUGUGUUGUUGUAUCUUUUGGAAGAUAAAGCCAAUAAGAAGAAGAUGGCGGAAACAGAAGAGUUAGAGAAUAUGGUAUUAAGUUUCCGAGUAUCUGAGCUUCAAAUGCUUUUGGGUUUUGCUGGUAGAAAUAAGUCCGGCAGAAAAAACGAAUUACAAACAAGAGCAUUAGAAUUAUUACGUCUCAGAUCACAUCCGGUCCAGCUUAAAAUACGAGAAUUAUACAAGACGAUACAAGCUGAUCAAUUAGCAGCACAUCAAAUGUAUGUUCAAACUGAUGGAACUGGAGAUACUCAAAUUGAUCAAAGUAUGCAUUCUAGAAGUUAUUAUACAAGACAAACUAUCGGACAACAACAACAAACACAAAGUUCAGUUGCUUCUGAGAAAGAACUUCCACCUGCACAUCAAGCAUCUUUACCUAAAAAUCCUAGAACUACUCCUGUAUAUCAGUCUGCAGGUUACACAAGUGUAGCACCACAAAGAACAAAUGCAACAUACAAUCCAUAUCCAUACGCACCGAAAGUGUUACCAGUACCAUUACAAAUACCGUCAGGGCAAUAUCCUGUUCAUCCAGAUGUCAAAUUGAAAAAAUUACCUUUUUUUGAUUUAUUAGCAGAAUUAUUGAAACCAUCUAGUUUAAUGCCACAAGGAUCAGUAAGAGUACAAGAAAAUACGUUUAUGUUUCAUUUAACACCACAACAGUCAACUGAUAUAGCUAGUUCUCGAGAUUGUCGCGCAGGAAGCAAAAUGGAUUACAUGGUACAGGUACAGAUGAGGUUUUGUUUACAAGAAACGUCAUGUGAACAAGAAGAUUAUUUUCCACCAAAUAUCGUUGUAAAAGUUAAUGGAAAACUCUGUCAAUUACCCAAUCCUAUACCUACAAAUAAACCUGGUGUAGAACCAAAAAGACCUCCUAGACCAGUAAAUAUUAGUCCUUUAAUUAAAUUGUCACCUACUGUGGGAAAUCAAAUUCAUGUUUCUUGGUCAUCCGAUUAUGGCAGACGAUAUGCAAUUGCCGUGUAUCUUGUAAGGAAACUUUCGAGUGCAGAAUUAUUAACAAGACUAAAGAAUAGAGGUGUUAGACAUUCUGAUUACACCAGAGGGUUAAUAAAAGAAAAACUCAAUGAAGAUGCAGAUAGUGAAAUAGCUACUACAUCACUCAGAGUAUCGUUAGCUUGUCCUUUGGGAAAAAUGAGAAUGAAUACACCAUGUCGUGCAUCAACAUGCUCACAUUUACAGUGUUUUGAUGCUUCUUUAUUUUUACAAAUGAAUGAACGAAAACCAACUUGGAAUUGCCCAGUAUGUGAUAAACCUGCUCUACAUGACAAUCUUGUUAUUGAUGGGUAUUUUCAAGAAGUUCUAAAUUCUAAGAAAUUAUUACCUGAUGUUAAUGAGAUACAAUUGCUUCAAGAUGGUUCUUGGGAAAAUUUAGUACUAAGAAAAGAGAAAGAUAGGGAUAAAACUGAAACAAAAGUGGCAACUAAUUUACAAGAUCGUAAAAUAGAUGUGGACACAGUAGAACUUGAUGAAAGCAGUCCUACUAUACCAGUAUUAAAGGAGAAGAAACGUACAGUUGUCAUUGAUUUAAUAUCGGAUAGCGAUGAAGAUGACGAAGAUUCCGUACCAAGUCAAAGUACAAAAAAAAAAACUAGAAGUUCCACUCCUCCCAAAAAAUCUCAAACAAGUUCUAUAAGCAGUACAAGUGAAUCACCAGAUUUAAUGAUAAUCGAUCUAGAAUGAUUUUCUUUACAAGAAAAAUAAUAGGAAUUCAACAUUCAAUGAGGAAUUUCUUUGCUCUCUGAUGUGAUCAUCAUCAACUUCACAUAUAAUAUGAAAAAAAAGAAAUAUUCAAAACAUUGUUUUUAGUAUAAUUUUAACUAUAAAAGUAUUCAUUAAUCAGAUCCACAUAUUACUAAAAUUAUUACUUGUUUAAGCAUUCCUUUACUUUAUUACUUGGUGUACAAUUUAUUUCAUUAUAAAAACUCAUUGCCGAAUAACUUUAUUAUCAUUUCUAUAUUCCAAAUACUUAAAGGCUAAAAAUAUACUUUUUCACUGUAAAACAGCGAAAAAAGUUGUAUAUUGUAUAAAAAAAUAAACUUAUCUUUCUAUAAGCGACAAUUUUCUUUAGUGGGAUAUAAAAUCUAUUAAAAUAAUGUAUAACAUGUAAACUAUUUAUUUGCAUCGAAAGCAAGCAGUGUAUGUAAUACAUAUACGCAAACUUAUUUCAUUAUUUACGUACAUCGUCGUAUACAUGCAAAUUCGUAUUUAUAUCUGUUUUUCAUCUAUUAAUUACUAAUAAAGAUUUACAAUUGUAUAUUUUAA